CUGGAGCUUCGUUCUUGCCGUUCUCUCGCUUUCAAUUGAGAUAUAGCAACCAUGAAGAGUUUCUUGUCGUUACUGCUGCUGGGCCUUGUCAGCUUGGUCCAGGCUCUGAGCUCUACAGGCAACCGUCUGCUGGUCGUGCUCGAGGAUUCCUCGGACAAGUCAAAGUACUCGUCCUUCUUCGGUGAUCUUGAGUCCCGUGGAUACAGCGUCACAUACGAUUCACCAAAGUCAAAGAGCCUCUCGCUUUUCAAGCACGGCAACCUCGCAUACGACCAUCUUGUCCUCCUGCCUCCCAAGUCAAAGGGCUUCGGUCCUCAGUUGACUCCCAACAUCCUGGUCGACUACGUCAACAACAACGGAAACGUCUUGCUUGCUCUCACUGCCGAUCAGCCCAUCCCUGCUGCCGUCGCUUCUCUCCUUCUCGAAUUCGAUGUCACCCUUCCCCCAGAGCGUAGCGCUCUCGUUGUCGACCACAUCAACUACGACACAAAGUCGGCUGCCGACAAGCACGAUGUCCUGCUUAUCCCUGCACCCAAGACCCUGAAGGCAGGUGUCAAGAACUAUUUUGGCGUUGACGGUACCCUUGCUGUCCCCCGCGCUGUUGGUCAGCUUCUCGGCAACGCCAGCCCUCUGCUCUCUCCCAUUCUGCGUGCUCCCGAGACCGCGUACUCGUACAACCCCAAAGAGGAGGAUGCUCUUGAGGAUGUCUUUGCCUCUGGCGCUCAGCUGUCUCUCGUGUCCGCCUUCCAGGCCAGAAACUCGGCCCGCUUCACUGUACUCGGGUCCGCCGAGAUGCUGCAGGAUACUUGGUUCAACGCCCAGGUCAAGUCUCCUCGCGCUCCCGAGACCACCGGUACUGCCAACAAGGCUUUCGCCGGGAAGCUGUCUGCCUGGACCUUCCAGGAGAUUGGUGUACUCAAGGUGGGCAAGGUCCAGCACUACCUUAACGAGGGCAAGGUCAAGGACCCUACCAACCUGAGCGUUUCCGACUUCCCUGAGAUCAACCCUGUCAUGUACAGAAUCAAGAACGAUGUCCAUUACUCCAUUGAACUGUCAGAGUACGAUGGCGACCGUCUGGUUCCCUUCGUUCCUUCUUCCGAGGACUCCCUGCAACUCGAGUUCAGCAUGCUGUCACCCUUCCACCGUGUGACACUAAAGCCUACUUCCAAGACUGCCACUAGCACCAUUUUCAGCACCACCUUCACCGUGCCCGAUCAGCACGGCAUCUUCAACUUCAUCGUCAACUACAAGCGUCCUUUCCUCAGCAGUGUCUACGAGAAGCGCACUGUCACUGUCCGCCACUUUGCUCAUGACGAGUGGCCGCGCAGUUUUGUCAUUAGCGGCGCUUACCCCUGGAUUGCUGGUAUUGGUGUCACGGCCACUGGUUGGCUGAUCUUUGUCGCCGUCUGGCUCUACAGCAAGCCUGAUGAGUCCAAGGCCAAGAAGACGCAAUAGUCGCGCAUUACUGUAUGCAUAGAAUAUCUAUC